AUGACAACAGAUAUGAUAGAGAGCAACAACACCAAAUCCACUGCUCCCCUCCUGCCCCAGAGACACCUGAGGAUGGUGACCAAGGACGGACACAGCACGUUCCAGAUGGACGGUGCCCAAGGAAAAGGCCUGGCGUACCUCCGAGACGCAUGGGGAAUACUGAUGGACAUGCGCUGGAGAUGGAUGAUGCUGGUCUUUUCUGCCUCUUUUGUCAUUCACUGGCUAGUCUUUGCAGUGCUCUGGUAUCUGCUGGCCGAGAUGAACGGGGAUCUGGAGCUGGACCACGAUGCUCCACCUGAGAACCACACUAUAUGUGUCAAGUACAUCACCAGCUUCACAGCCGCCUUCUCCUUCUCGCUGGAGACGCAACUCACGAUCGGUUACGGCACCAUGUUCCCAAGCGGGGACUGUCCCAGUGCCAUUGCACUGCUUGCAAUACAGAUGGUCCUGGGGCUCAUGCUGGAAGCCUUCAUCACAGGUGCUUUUGUGGCCAAGAUAGCCCGACCAAAGAACCGGGCGUUCUCCAUCCGCUUCACCCGCUGUGCCGUGGUGACGCACACCGAGGGGAAGCCGUACCUCAUGUUCCAGGUGGCCAACACACGCUCCAGCCCCCUGACCAGCGUCCAGAUCUCUGCUAUACUUUACCAAGAACAAGAGAACGGGCAGCUGCACCAAACCAGCAUUGACUUCCACCUGGACAGCAUUGCUCUGGACGAGUGUCCUUUCUUUGUGUUCCCGCUGACCUACCACCACUGCAUCGCUCCAUCCAGCCCGCUGGCUGCUCUGCUGCAGAGGGAAGCUGCUCACCGCUUCGAGCUGGUCGUCUUCCUCUCGGCUGUGCAGGAGGGCACGGGAGAAACCUGUCAGAGGAGAACCUCCUACCUCCCCUCGGAGAUCAAGCUGUACCAUCGCUUCGCCUCCGUGCUAGCCCGCAACGCCAAGGGGGAGUACCAGAUCAAGAUGGAGAAUUUCGACAAGACGAUUCCCGAGCUCCCAGCCGCAGCCGACUCCAAGAGUCCCAGAAGGACUGACAAGGAGAUCCGCAUCAACGGCCAGCACGCCGACAGCUUCCAGCUCUCCGAGACCGGCCUCACAGAAUAG